UGGCGGGGCCUUCGUCUCUCCUGCCAGCCUCAGCUGGGUCGUCUUCUGUGCGGGGCGUGCUUUGCUCGGGGAAGCUCAGGUGGCCGCCACAGCCUCUUGCCCUCUGACCUGCAGGUAUCAGGAGAUCCAUAGCUAAGAAGCCUGGACACCCGGGAAGCUGGGAAAUGACAUAUUCUCAAAUGCAGGUGUGAUUUGUCCAGAUAAUCUCACCUAAGAAGGAAUCCCAGAGAAGAAGGAAGAAGAGGAAGAAAUGGCUGGUUCUCAGGGACUGUUGAUAUUCAGGGAUGUGGCCAUAGAAUUCUCUCGGGAAGAGUGGAGCUAUCUGGACCCUGCUCAGCAGAAUCUGUAUAGGGACGUGAUGUUAGAAAACUACAGAAACCUGGUCUCCCUGGGUAUUGCUGUCUCUAAGCCAGACCUGAUCACCUGUCUAGAGCAAAGGAAUGAGCCCUGGAAUGUGAAGAAACAUGAGACAGUAGCCAGACACCCAGCUGUUUCUUCUCAUUUCACCCAAGACCUCUUACCAGAGCAUGGUAUAAAAGAUUCAUUUCAAAAAGUGAUACUGAGAAGAUAUGGAAGCUAUGGCAUUGAGAAUUUACACUUAAAGAAAGACUGGGAAAGUGUGGGUGAAUCUAAGGUGCAGAAAGAAUCUUAUAAUGGACUUAACCAAUCUUUAUCAACUACACAUACCAAAAUCUUUCAAUUUAAUAAAUGUGUGAAAGUCUUUAGUAAAUCAUCAAAUCUAAAUAGACAUAAGAUAAGACAUACUGGAGAGAUAUCUUCCAACUGUAAAGAAUGUGACAAUUCCUUUUACAUAUCCUCAGUUCUAACUCCACUUCAGAGAAUCCACACCGCAGAGAAAUCCUACAAGUGUAAACAAUGUGGGAAAGCCUUUAUGCACUGCUCAUGCUUUCUUGAACAUAAGACAAUUCAUAAUGAAGAGAAACAUUACAAAUGUAAAGAAUGUGGAAAAGUCUUUAAAUCCUUCACAAGCCUUUCUAAUCACAUUAUAAUUCAUACUGGAGAGAAACUCUAUAAAUGUGAAGAAUGUGGCAAAGCUUUUAACCACAGUUCAAACCAUGCCAAACAUAAGAAAAUUCACACUGGACAGAAACCCCAUAAAUGUGAGGAAUGUGGCAAAGCCUUUAACUGGUUCUCAUACCUAACUCUACAUAAAAGAAUUCAUACUGGAGAGAAACCCUACAAAUGUGAUGAAUGUGGCAAAGCCUUUAACCAGUGUUCAAACCUCACUAAACAUAAGAGAAUUCAUACUGGAGAGAAACCCUACAAAUGUGAAGAAUGUGGCAAAGCUUUUAACCGGUGCUCACACCUUACUGAACAUAAAAGAAUUCAUACUGGAGAGAAGCCCUAUAAAUGUGAAGAAUGUGGUAAAGUCUUUAUAUCUUGUUCAAGCCUUUCAAACCAUAAGAGAAUUCAUACAAGAGAUAAAUGCUACAAAUCUGAAGAAUGUGGCAAAACCUUUAACCACUGCUCAGACUUCAAUGUACCUGAGAAAAUUCAUACCUGAGAAAAAUCCUACAAAUGUAAAAAAUGUGGCAAAGCCUUUAAUACCUGCUCAUGUCUUACUCAGGACCAGAGUUCAUAUUGAACUAAAGAAUUAUAAAUAUAAUGACUGUCACAACACCUUUCACAGAAAAAAAUAAUUUUACCACAGAUUAAUUUGUUCAUUAAUGGAACUUUAAUUCUGUGGUGUUUUUUUUUUUUUUUGGUCUACAUAAAUCUGUCCUUAUGCCAGUACUAUAUUGUUUAAUUACUGUAACAUUGUAGUAAGAAUUUAUAUCAGGAGUGUAAGUUACUGAAUUUUGUUAUUAUUUUUCAGAAUUCUUGUGUGUUUGAUUUUCUUUACAUGUUUAUAUGGAUUUUAGGAAGAGCUUGUCAAUUUAUAUUAAAGAAAAGCUACAUUGGAA